AUGGCUGGUAAAGAUCAUCAAAUCAAAAAUAGGGUUUGGAUGUUUUUCUUAAUUAUUUUCAUUGACAUGUUGAGCAAUGGACUUAUCGAUAGUUCAGGUGUUUCAAAUCCAAAAAUCGAAGGGAGCGAGGAUGAUAUAAUUAAUUGUAUUGAUAUCUAUAAACAACCAGCUUUCAGUCAUCCAUUUCUUAAAAAUCACACUAUACAGAUGAAACCCAAUUCAGGUGGGCUAAGAGAAAGAAACAACACUAAACUUUUACAAGAAUGGAAUAAGAAAGCCAGAUGUCCUGAAGGAACAAUUUUGAUUUUAAAAGCUCAAACAUUAUCUAAUGAACAUAAAGUUACUUCUGUUCUUUCAAAAAGGAGGCAAUCUUAUAGUAAUUUUCAUGUUUUUGAUGUCAACAGUGGUGCCCUAAAGUAUUACCAAUUUAUUAUAAAUUAUGGCACAUACUUUGGAGCAUCUAGAGGAUUUAAUAUAUGGCAUCCAACAAUACAUGGUGAAGAAUUUAGUUCAUCUCAAAUGUGGGUUCAAGUAGGAUAUGGCCAUGAUUUGAACAGUCUUGAAGCAGGGUGGCGAGAUGGAUUUCAGGUUCUAUCCGACAUUAAUAAAAAAAUAGGCUGUUACAAUCUAGAGUGCCCUGGUUUUGUACAAACUAAUAACAAGAUUGCUUUAAGCUAUGAUAUUUUACCCAUUUCAAUUUAUGGUGGCAAACAAUAUGACACAGAAAUAACUAUUUUCAAGGGUUGGCCGUCGCAACUGUCGGAGAGGCAGAUGGUGGAGCGAUCCUCAUUGCUUUGUUUCGCCGGCGAUAAGUCUGGACGUUCAGUGAGUCAAAGCGUCUGGAAUGCAAACUGGCCUGGGUGUCCCUCGUCGCCUUCAUAUGCCGGGACCGCCAGUGGCUAUCAUCUUGAUUCUGACCAUGUCGUCGUCGAUGAAGGAGUGGUCGUCGGUGAAAGAAAUCUUGAAGAAGAAAGUGAUUGGGUCAGUGAUUUGGGCAAAUCACUUUUGCCAAAUCACUUUCUUCAUUGCAGUUGCUUGCUUGGCCCUGUUCACGUCUUUUCUGAUGAUGUGCUGAUCUAG